AUGAAACCUGGAUCACGAAAUGGGAAGCAUCGACAGUCCUCGUUGAAUCAAAGCAGCGGCGCUGUCGCAUCUGCCCGGGAUGUGUCGAAAUGCGAUGACCCCAUGACCAGCUAUGCCCACCGUAUCGAAGUUGCGUUAGAUGCAUCGUCCUUGCAGCCGGCGUUCUUGAAGGUGGAGAACAUUAGCUGCCAGCUCGUACAACGAAGACUCCUCGGUCCAACACGGUACUGGUUCAGAAGCAUCAAACAUGACAAAACGACGUCUGUCGCGUCCAAGAAAUGGGUCGUGUCGCUCUACGAGAUCCCGUGGCGCAAAACCAUCGUCGAACGGGCGCAAACGAGCGACCGCCUCCUCUUCCCUGACAGGUCGCACAAGACCGAUUUGUUUCCGAAUCUCAAGCCCGUCGUGGUGGGAACGUUCGAGACAGAACGGGCAGCGAUGCUCGCGUGUGAAGCGGCGUGGAAGGGCAGAGACCGUACAAAUCCCGUGUCCAUCGCGAACGACGCGUCGGAGCCGUUGCCGCCGUUUUGGAACACCCACCUGCACAUCACAGUCAUCUCGGAUGCAUUCCACCGCAAAUCGCACACGGAGCGGAUGUGCAUGGUGCUGGAGGUCCUCUUGGCCUUGUCCGACCCGCUGCUGCAGUCGUCCAGCCCACAGCCCGCCGCCCUGGCGCCAGAGACUUCGACAACCUCCCGUCAUUGCCCGCUGCUGAAAUUUGGCACCGUCGGCCCCCAAGUCAGCCGGUUACCCCACUUGCGCCAUCUAAACUGCAACGUUGUGCUGGUGCUCAAGACGACGCACCAGUUUCGACCGGUCCAAACUGUGGACAGCUUGACCAAGUUGCCACUGACGGAGCGUUUUGGGCUGUCGCACGGCCUCGCUAGCGCGCUUGGGAUUGCGCCCGUGGCAAAAACCACAACCAAAGAUGUCAAGCGGCUCGUCAUGCAUCCCGACGGCGACCCGUCCUCAACACGACUUCCCCAUUUUUAUCACGGCCUCCCCGCCGAACUCAAAGCCAUGAUUGCUCAACAGCAGAACGCCCAGCGCGCUUCGAUCGCCGCCCUUGACAAGCUCUCCACCCAACUCCAACACAACUCGGAGGCCACGGUCGUGAAGAAAUUUGAAAAGCGCAGAGUCGAAUGCACGCGAGCGGCCAUCAUGCUCCAGCGCGUGUACCGCCUGUACAACGUGGGCCGAGUGUUGCGGCGGCUCUUGGCAGCCCACCGCCAUGCGCUGACGAUCCAGCGGUGCUAUCGCGGGUACGUCGCGCGCGUGUUUGUUCACGAGUACUCUAUCGUGGUGUCGCUCGCGUCGACGCAUAUUCAAGCCGUGUUUCGAUCGCACGUGAGUCGGGAGCGGACGAAAGCGCUUCGACAGCGCAUGACGGCCGCGGUUGUCCAUGUGCAGCGCGUGUUUCGGGGGCACCAAGCCAGGAAGCUUGUGUUCUGGAUACGAUUCCACGUGGCGAGCGCGAUCCAGAUCCAGCGCGUCGCGCGGGGCAUGUUUGGCCGACAUCGCGCGGCCAUGUAUCGGCGAGCGCGAUUCAAACGCAUGGUGGUCGUGCCCGCCGCCAAGCGGAUCCAGCGCAUCUACCGUGGCCAUGUGGGUCGACGGCGGUUCCGUCGCAUCCAACACGACCGGUUUGUCGACACGAUCCUAGCGCCCGCCGCCAUGGCCAUCCAGCGCGUCGCGCGAGGGUACUUGGGGCGCCAAGUGGCCAUGCGAUGUCGGCGCCAACUCGUCGCGGCGCUCGUGAUUCAGGACGGGUUCCGAAAGUUCCGGGCGCGGUGUCGAUGGGCGUUUGUGUGGCAGGUUCGAUUUCAAAAUCGCAUGGCAUCGCGGAUUGGAGCUGCGGGGCGAGGGUACUUGGCCAGACAAGUGUACAAGCGGGAGCUGCGCAGAGUACGCGUCCGAACGGUGUACGUCCCAGCCGCGCGGACAAUUCAGCGCGUGUACCGAGGAUUUGUCGUGCGAAAGAAUCUCGAGCACGUCCGCGACAAAAUCGAAGCGGCGACCGUCCUGCAGUUCUUUUGGCGAAAACACCAACGAGAGGCCAAGGAACGGGCGGUGUGGAGCGGCAUGAUCGAGCAAACCAGGCGCGCGGCUGCUUUGACGCUGCAGUGCUUUGUCCGGUGCUUCCUCGCCCGUCAGUGCACGCAAGCGCUGCGGCUCGAGCAGCGGGGACGCCAUGGGCACGCCGCUGUCGUCGUGCAGGCAGCGUGGCGGAGCUACUUUCACCGCAACAAGAUCAAGUCGAUGCGCGAGCUCAUGGCAAUCGAAGUCUUUGCGCGAAAAUUCGCCAGUCUCAAGGACAACCUGGAUAUGGUCCACUACGACAUGGUCGAUGCCAACGGCGACAUUGCUCACAUCACCAAGCACCGGAAGAAAUCGCUCCAGCACAUCCACGACCUCAAGCAAAUGCGGUUGGACUGGGAGCUCCGCGUGCCCGUGCUGGACAAGGAGCUGGCGCAAAUGACGCCGCAGGACAUGGAGCGCGGAUGGCAAGACGCGUUUGAGACCGAGAAGCGUGUCAUUCACUUUUCCAUGCUCCUCAGCGCCGAAGACAUGUUGAGCAAAAAGCAGCAGAUUCGCGAGUACGAUGCCGACAUUGCGUCCCUCGAGGCCGAGCGCGAAGAUUUGGAACGGGACGCGGACGAGUUGUUGCUAGAAGAGACGACGCUCCUGGAGACGUACCGACGCGUCGAGCUGCACCGGGCGUCCGACCAGUACACACACCACACCAACGCGAGCGUCCGUCGCCAGCGGUUGCGAUGGAAAGUCCGAACGAAUCGAACCAACGUCGUUCGUCGGGAAACGGCGGCAGCACGUGCCGCCGUCGCAGCCUCGCUGGCGCAACCUCCGACGUGUGUGUCGUUUGCUGGCAAGAUGGCCAGCCUCCGCGAGACAGACAAACUGGUUCGCCAGCACGAAGCCGCAACGAACGCGGCCAAGACGGCUGCGUUGGUCCAUGGCGGCUGCCGCAACCCGCACUUGCUGUCCGUGGCAGAUGCAGUCGUGGCCAAAGCCCACAAGAUCCUCUCGUCGGGCAGUUUGGCCAUGCAUUUGGAUCGAACUGACGUGCGAGACGAAGACGGAGCGAUGUGCCACACAUGCGGGCACGUGCAAUGCAUGUGCCACAUGGGCUCGCCCGAGUCUACCAGCGCGUUGUCGCCGCCACCGAAUCAUCCGGCGGCGCUCUCGUCGACGCAAGCAAACAAAAAACAUGCCACAGGACGUGGCGUGUCGCUGGGAAGGCGGCGGCGGCACCACCGACAGACGGACGGCGCGGUCCCGUCGAAGCCAUCCUGUGAGACAUAG